GCAAGCGCUAAACUCCGUGAAGUAAAAAUCUGCGCUAGGACCCUGCGGAUUAGUGCGUAGUCGGGGAGGGAAUGCGCGCACUUAAGGCAGUAACCGAAUUUGAGUGUGACAGGGUGGCAGGCAAAAACCGCUAGAUUUGGGAAAUUAAGGUCGAGUCGGACCCGUCGCACCGUUAUUUCGAUUUAGGCUACCUCCUGGAUUAAAUUAUAUGGAUCUCUUGUGAGCUCAGUCGGACUAUCUACUUUGAAACGUCUUACUUGUUGAACGUUACUAGUUCUGCGCGACAUAUCAUUUGCCAAAUCUGUGAAUUACAUCAAAAGCUGUGGAGAAGUACGGCAAGGCUGUGAGUUGUGCCUGGGCUCUUAUCAAAACCACAGGGAGUAACAGCACACCAGAGCGGCUCUGACUUUUGAUCGUGACAAGUGGGAUAUUCUGAGAUUUGAGAUGACAGAACGUCUUUCUUUUGCGACAAUGUUCAUCUGUCACUGGGGAACACUUUAUUCCAGAGGCAGGACACGAGCACCAAAAGUUUAAUAUGUUUUAUCCAGAACAGAAAAUAGGUAAAAACUCAAAGCGCAUAUUAUCCUUGAACAGUUCUAACGCUACACCGUUGGAAGCGAUGUCUCAAGUAUAACUACAUAUGAGUGGCGAUGUGGAUAAUGUUAACUUUACAGUGAGCUGAAGUUCUCUACGUAUGGACAGUCCAUAGGCUGCAUCUCUGAUCAUUCAAUCAAUUCCACACAGCACUUUUUCUCUUUUCAAAGGAAUAACUAACAAUUGCCAUAUUUGGAAACGCAUGCACAUUCUCAUUGUUUUGACAAUUUGCACGCAAUCUGCCCUGUUUCUUGUCAACCGUCAAGGAGCUUCGUUUUGGUGAAAUGGGCUGAUUCGGGCGACACUGAGGCGAGAAUGAUGGGGACAAUGUCGGCAACCAGCUUUAGCAUCCCGUUAUGGGGGCGUCUGCUGGUAGUUCUGGUGUGCUUGACAGCUACGGAGUCAAGACUAUCAGACGCCUGUCCUGGACUUCUAACCAGCGGCUGUAGUUGCAUAGACGAGCGCAUAAAGGCUCAUACCGCGCCGGGUGUCCGGAAAAGAGUGAGUUGCAGCAGCGACGAACUCACAGAAACUCCAGAAGCCAGUCUCCUCCCCAACCGAACCGUUACGCUGAUGUUGAGCAACAACCGCAUCAGGGUCCUGCGAAAUGGAUCUUUCAGUGGACUCUCCAUCCUGGAGAAACUAGACCUCAGGAACAACCUCAUCAGUACCAUCAUGCCCGGAGCCUUCCUGAGUCUCUCAGCACUGAAGAAGCUGGACCUGUCCAACAACCGCAUCGGCUGCCUGACACCAGACAUGUUCCAGGGCCUAUCCAACCUCACGAAACUAAACCUCUCAGGCAACAUCUUCUCGUCUUUCGACCCGAACGUCUUUCAGGAGCUCCCUUCGCUAAAGCUGGUGAACUUUAACUCGGAGUUCCUCACCUGUGACUGCGGCCUGCGCUGGGUGCCGGGCUUCUUCCGCACGAGCACGGCGCGGCUUGGGGACGACACCCUCUGUGCCUAUCCGAAGAGUCUCCACGGCAAGCCUCUACGCGGACUGAGAGAGAGUCAUCUGAGUUGUGACGGGCCUCUGGAGCUGCACACGCUGUCCCUGCUGCCCUCGCUGAGGCAGGUGGUGUUCAAAGGGGACCGAUUGCCCUUCCACUGCACCGCCGCCCUGGUGGACAAACUCACGGCCCUGCACUGGAGCCACAACGGCCAGCCUGUCAUCAACGAGCCCGAGCAGGGAAUUCACCUGGAGAACAGCGAGAUGCACGACUGCACCUUCAUCACCAGCGAGCUCAUCCUGUCCAACAUGGACGUAGAUGCCAGCGGGGAGUGGGAGUGCGUGGUGUCGACGGGCCGUGGCAACGCCUCCCGGAGCGUGGAGAUCGUGGUGCUGGAGAACAGCGCCUCUUUCUGCCCCGAGGAGAGAGUCGCCAACAACAGAGGGGAGUUCAGAUGGCCCAGAACACUGGCUGGCAUCACAUCGUACCUGCCCUGCCACCCUCUCCGAUACCCCUCCCUGGCCAUCGGGGAGGAGCAGAGGGCGUCACGCUACUGCGAUCGCUUGGGGCACUGGGAGGAAGGGAACUACACCCAGUGCCACUACACUAAUGACAUCACCAGAGUGCUGCAUACUUUCAUACAGAUGCCCAUCAACGCCUCAAACGCAGUGACACUGGCUCACCAGGUGUGCUCCUACACACUGGAGGCUGCUGCCUUCACAGAUACCGUAGAUGUACGCUACGUGGCUCAGAUGAUGCAGAAAUUCAUGGACUACAUCCGGCAGCAGAGAGAGCUCUCCGAGGUGCUUGUGGAGAUGGGCAGUAACUUGAUGCAGGUGGAUGAUCAGAUCCUGUCCCGUGCCCAGCGAGAGGAGAGGGUCUGCAGCUCCAUCGUCCACUCCCUGGAGACUCUGGCCUGGCCUCAGCUCCACUCCGGCUCCCAGGAUCUCUUACUGGUCUCACGUAAUAUCGUGAUGUUGGCUCACCUCAUUCGUCCGGCGCAGUUCACGGGCAUGAGCUGCACAGCCUAUCAGAGGAGAGAGGGGUCAGGGGUCAACGGCCCGGACGUUCAGGAGUCACCUCACGAGCAGCAGCUUCGCUUCCGCUGCAUGGCAGGAGCUCACAACAACUCUCUCAACAACUUCCCCCUGAAGAAUUCUUUGGCCUUGGCCUCCGUCUCCCUCCCCGCCUCCUUGUUUCCUCCGGACGCUCCUGCAGACUGUAAACUGCAGUUUGUGGCAUUCCGUACCGGAAGGUUCUUUCCCUUUAUGGGGAACUCCAGCAGCAGCCUGGUGGACAUUUCCCGUCGCCGUGGCGUCAACACGCCAGUCAUCUUUGUUGGACUCGAUGGCUGCAGCAUGUGGAACCACUCAGACCCCAUCACUGUGUCACUGCGCCAUCUGUCUCUGGGCAGUGACCCCAUCGCUGCCCACUGGAACCUGGAGAAACAGGGAGGCUGGAGCCAAGAUGGCUGCCAGCUAGUCCACUCCGAUGCCACCACCUCUACCCUGCACUGCUCGCUGCCUAGCAACUAUGCUGUGCUGCAGGAUGUCCCAGACUUCCCGGGUCCCUCCCCUGUGCCCGUAGAUGUGCUUCAUCCAGUGGUGUACACCUGCACUGCUGUCCUGCUCCUCGGCCUCUUCACCAUCAUCAUCACCUACAUUUUACACCACAGCUCUGUUCGAGUCUCCAGAAAAUGCUGGCACACAAUCCUCAAUACCUGCUUCCAUAUUGCCAUGACGACAGCAGUCUUUGCAGGAGGCAUCACCCUCACAAGCUAUCCCAUAGUGUGCCAAGCGGUGGGCAUUGCUUUGCACUACUCCUCCUUGUCCACCCUGCUCUGGAUCGGGGUCAAUGCCAGGGUCAUCUACAAAGAGGCUGUGCUGCGAUUGCCACGGCAACCGGAGGGAGAGGUCGCGGCGGUGCCCACACAGAGGCCCAUGCUCAGGUUCUAUUUAAUAGCUGGCGGAGUUCCUCUCAUCAUCUGUGGCAUUACGGCCGCGGUCAACAUGAACAACUAUGGGGAGAACAGCCCUUACUGCUGGUUGGUGUGGCGGCCAAGUUUGGGGGCGUUCUUUGUCCCCGCCGGCCUGGUGGUGCUGGUGACCUGGAUCUACUUCCUGUGCACCAUCUUUCGCCUGAGGCGCCGGAGCUCCGAGAGCACCAAGGAGCUGGCGGCCUCCUCCGUCUCCUCGCCGCCGCCGCCGCCCGAGAGCCAGCCGGCCCUGGGCGGCAGCGCCAGUCUGCACUCCACAGACUCCGGCGUGCACGCCGGGCUGCCGCCGGUGGAGGACCAGUACUCCCUGAAGGUGCAGUUCCUGGCGCUGGUGACCACUCACUUCCUGUUCCUGGCGCUGUGGUGCUGUGGAGCCAUGGCCAUGUGGCAGACGGGCCGAGAGAGCCUGCUCUUCAGCUGCCUGUACGCCGUGGCCGUCACCGCGCUGGGCUUGUUCCUGGUGGUGCACCACUGCCUGAGGCGGCUGGACGUGCAGGCCGCCUGGCUCGGCUGCUGCCCGGCGUACCGGCGCUCCCAGCCCAUGCGGGCCUACACGCACUCCUGUGCCGCCGGGCCGGGGAACCAGAGCGCCUCCGAGCGGGGCUCGCAGCUCUACGUGGGCUGCGUCGCUCCCGGAGAGGCCAACAACUGCUCGUCGGCCAGGUCCUCCUCCACCCCCAGCGGAACCAGCAGCGUCGGGCCUGGGCCUGGGCCCUGCAAGCUCACCAACCUGCUCCAGGUGACGCAGGAGAACGGCAACAACACCGCCCGGGUGCCCACCACCGUCGCCAACACCAACACCAACACCAGCACCAGCACGGAGCACAACGGCAAGCCAAAGAACAAUGCGCUGCCCAGUCUCAUCUCAGCAGCCCCGGUGCAGCCGCAGAGGAGGAAGACCAGCAGCAGAACUAAAACAGGCGGCGCUCAGUACCACCACCGCGGGGAGGGCAGGGGCCACUACCGCCUCAAAGCCCUGAGAGGGGGGGCUGGCGGGGGCAGCGUGGGCGCCCUGGGCCCCCCGGGGGUGGAGCAGCUCGGCCCGUCCCAGGCGGGCCACAACAAGCAGGCGUCCAGCGAGAACGGUAGCCUGCGCAACCACAGCCACUCGGAGAGCCAGACGGGCCAGACGCUGACCAACGGUCGGCACGGCGGCGACGCUCUGGCCACCAGCCCCUCCGAGGGCAGCGACGGGGGCAGCAGCGGCUGCCGGAAGCCCUUCCCUCUGCUGCCGUCCGUGGCCAGCCGCAUGGCCGCGCAACACGGAGCCCAGAGGCGGUGCGCCAGCCGGGACAACCUCAAACUGGCGGCGGCCGCCGAGAGGGAGGCCAAGCGCUGCUCCUUCCCACUCAACACAGCCAUGGGGACGGGCACGGGGACGGGCACGGGCACGGGCACAGGGACGGGGACGGGCAUGGGCACGGGCACGGGGACGGUCAACGCCACGCCAGGGCCUAUCACUAAUGCUCCCAACGGGACCCUUAAGAACUCCGUGACGGAGCCGGACACGAGUGGCACAGACCACUCCCAGGGUUCCGUGGGCAUGAGGAGUGGCGUGUGGAAGAGCGAGACCACUGUGUGAUCCAUCAGACAUCCAUCCAAAAUACAAAAAACACGCACCUUUUGUCAAUUUCAGCUUGCUUACCCAUCCCUUGUGAUACUCGUGUACUUCAAAUACUGAGCUGAAGGUCGCAUAAAUCAAACAUGGGGGAAGAAUAUAUAGUUCAUGUCAACAGUCUUUGCUUCCUGGUCGGUUAGUUUUGUUGCAGCUGUGGAUCACACAAUAUGGCAUACGAUUUGUGUUUGAGGUUUGAUGUUUUGCUAUGAAAUAUGCAAAAGUAUAUGUUUGUUUGUUUUUAUAUCAAGGUAUUCCACCAUAGAUAACAAUACAAAAGUUACAAGCUAAGGAUUUUUUUUUUUUUUUUAAAGAAGCAAUUGUACCCUUAGCUGUAUGUCUGUAAGCUUAGAGUUUAUUUCUUUUCUCUGAAUGCUUCACUCUAUGCAUAAGAAAGAGAGCAUGGAAAUGGAAUCAAAGAUAGCCCAUUUUGCUAUGAGCAUCUCCUCUGUGAAGGACAUUUUCUCUUGUAUUUGUGCGUGCAAGCAUGCUGACAUGUUUAUGAAAAAUAUUUGUGUGUGUGUACAUGUGUGUAUGUGUGCAUGUUUGCGCUCUUGGCUGUGUGUGUGUGUGU